AUGAGUGACGACGUGCUGCACGCGGCACCCGCCAGCGCCCACGACCGCGUCUCCAAGCCCAGCGGCGGCAGCUUCAGCGGCACGUCUGGCGCCGGUGCCGUGGGGCUUAACCCCAGAUCCUGCGUGACCUGUCGCAGGCGCAAAGUAAAGUGCGACAAGAAGCAGCCGUGCUCCAACUGCGCUCGCGCAAAGAUCGAGUGCAUCUUCCCUGGACCCGGCCGCGCACCCCGCAAGAGCAGGAAGCCUGCUGAUGGCGAGCUCAUGGAGCGCUUGAGGCGGCUCGAGGGCGUGGUGCAGAGCCUGAAUGCGCAGGUUGAGGAGCACGAGCAGCAGGACGCGGAGCGCGAGAAGAACGGGGGCGCGGUCAGUGGGUGUCCACUUGGAGACGCGGGCGUGGAGCAGGGCGGGUGUCCAAGCGGCCGUGAUCUGGUUGGCGCGAGCGUGGUCGCGGAUAACAGCGUGGAGGGGCUGGAGACGCGGUUUGGGAGGCUCGUGGUGGACGAGGGCAGGAGUCGGUACAUCAACAACAGCUUUUGGGCAAGCCUGAACAAUGAGGUCGAAGACCUCAAGUCGAUCCUCAUCGAGCAGUCCGACGACGAAGACGAACCAGACUCCGAAACGUCCUUCUCCGCGCAGCAUCAGGGCUUCAUCUUCGGAUACAGCUCCACCAGCGUCGACAUGCUGUCUUUACACCCGACGCCGCAGAUCGCCCGCAUGUUCUGGGACAUAUACAAGGAGAACGUAGACCCCCUGGUCAAGGUGCUGCACGUACCCACCCUCGAGCCAGUGUUUCUCGAGGCCAUUUCAAAUCCGGACAAGAUACCCAAGUCCCUGGAGCCGCUCAUGUUCGCCAUAUACUACGGUGCUGUCACCAGCAUGAUGCCCAAGGAAUGCACCGAGCAGUGCGGCGAGGAUCGGAAUACCCUGUUGCAUCGAUACCGCUUUGGCUUGGAGCAGGGACUUGCGCGCGCAAACUUCCUGUUCUGCGACGAGAUGAUUAUAUUGCAGGCGUUUGUUGUGUUUCUGAUGCUACUAAGGCGAAACGACGACGCAAGAAAGAUAUGGACGCUUACUGGACUGGUUGUGCGUAUUGCGCAGACGCUGGGAAUUCACAGGGACGGCAGCCAUUUUGGGCUGAAGCCUUUUGAUAUCGAGAUGCGGAGACGGCUCUGGUGGCAAGUUUGCAUUCUCGACGCCCGAUCGUCAGAGGAUCACGGUUGCGAUCCCACGAUUGUGGAAGCUCAGUUCGACACCAAGCUGCCCUUGAACGUCUUCGACACAGAUAUCGACCCUGCCAUGACCGACUGGCCGAAGGAGCGACAAGGCUUCACCGACAUGACUUUCUGUCUCAUCCGUUUCGAAGUGACCAACAUCUUCCGGCGUAUCCUCUAUAUCCCUCCUGGCCCGGGACGAGGCAACUACUACUUCUCCAAUCUCACCGUAGCCGAAAAGGAGAAGUGGAUAAGCGACUGCCAUCAACGUCUAGAGGACAAGUAUCUGAAAGACUGCGACAUGUCCAUACCGCUGUGCUGGGUCACUGCGACCAUUUCUCGGCUGGUCAUGAGCAAGAUGUGGCUGAUCGUGUAUCACCCACAUCAACGAAAAGACGGAGGCGCAUCGCUACCGCAAGAAACAAAGGACAAGCUGUUCAUCACCUCGCUCGAGAAUAUCGAGUAUUCCAUCCUCCUGGAGACGGAGGCUCGGACGAUGAAAUGGGGCUGGCUGUUCCGGACGUAUGUACAAUGGCACGCCAUUGCCUUCCUCCUGUCCGAGCUGUGCGUCCGAACCAAGGGCGAAGCUGUUGACCGUGCUUGGCACGCCCUGGAAGCCACCGCCGGGCGAUGGUGGUUCCCACUAGGCGACAACAACCCGCAUCGCAAGGGCAAAGUAGGCUGUCUAUGGAAGCCGCUGCGCAAGCUUAUGGCCAAGGCUCAGAACGCCCGCCAGAAAGAACUCGCUCUUGAGCGGGCAAGCCAAGCGCUGAAGACUGGUGGACCCUUCUACACCGACUUCUCCCAGUUGACGGACCAGCUGAAUGCACACGAUCUGCGCCAGCCUAAUCCUGAGAACUUGGAUCGCAUGCUUCGUCCCGCGGCGCCGAAACUGGGUGAGAUGCCCGUUGCGCAACCACCGACCUGGACAGGAAGCCCUCAAUCCGCCCAGUCCGAGUUCUCUUUCUCAGCAGACACGCCGGACAGCUCGCGCAGAACCACACGCGACACGCAGUCGAUAAGCGGCGCCACCACCAAGACGGACGCGUCCACCGCCCUCGAGACCUUCAACGCCCUCUCCGAGCACGGCUUCGACUACCUCAUGGGCGACAUCAUGGACGGCCUGGGCACGAAUGGCCUCCCCCACAGCACCACCACGACGCCCCCGGCCGCCUUCGCCACGUCCAAUCCGCCCAUGGAUCCCCAGCCUCCGCUCGGCACCGUGCAAAACGGCCAGCAGAACAUGUUCAACGGCGCGCCGCUGCCCCUCCAGAACGGCGUGCCCACAGGCUUCAACGCGUUUCCGCAGACACAGAGUCCGCGCUUGAUGUCCAACGGUGACAGCCGGAGCAGCAGCGAUAGUCCGUUGCUUGACGGCGCGACUAUGGAUUGGGCAGUGUGGGACGAUUUGGUGAAUCAGUACGGGAUGGAGAAUCAGGGGGGCAUGGCGACUGCAAAUGGGGCGGGGCAUUUGGGGAUGGUGCAUUGGUUUUGA